UAUAUCUUUAUUUAUUAUUUGUUUUGCAUAUACAUAUUUUAAGAGACAGUGACCUACAUUGGACUACGAGAGGUGUGUGAUGCAAGACUCGAGACAAAGACAGAGUGAGGAAGGCAUGGAUUCAAAGGAAGAGAAAACCCCUUCACAAAAAAAAUAUAGAGGGACAACAAGGAAAUCCAUGAUUAUAAGGAAUAGGAAUAGAGGGAUAAAGUUGGUCAUAAAGUACAAUGCUGAUGGUAUCUAUGUAGGAGAAUCUUCUGUGCACCUAACAAGCUACUUAGGUGUAUUGGCACGUACGAUGGUACCAAUCAGAUAUAACACAUGGCGAGAUGUCCCUGAACAAUUGAAGGAUAAGUUGUGGGACUCUAUUGAGAUUGCUUUUACAUUAGACAAGAAAAGUAGAAGGAAUUGUAUGCUUACAUUAGGAAAAUGUUUUCGAUCUUUUAAGAACACGUUGAUUGUGAAACAUAUUCUUCCUUUCAAAGAUGCUUCUUAA